AUGCAAUCAGUAGACCCACAAGUUGUCGGCGUAGGAAAACAAUUCGUUGAGCAUUAUUAUGGUAUUUUUGACUCAAAUCGUGCAGGUUUAACCCAAAUCUAUCAACAACAAACAACUUUAACAUGGGAAGGUAAAUUUUUAUCAGGUGCUGACGCAAUUGUUAAGCAUAUUGUUGAAUUACCAUUCCAACAAACCAAUAGAAAAAUCAAUAGUAUUGAUUGUCAACAAACUUAUCAACCAGGUAUUAUGAUCACCGUCACUGGUACUCUUAUUAUUGAUGGUGAAGCUAAAAAUCAAUUAAAAUUCGUUCAAGUCUUCAAUCUUGCUUCAAAUAAUGGUUCAUUCUUAUUAAUUAAUGACUUUUUCCGUUUGGUUUUAGAUUAA